AUGCCGUCAGAUUCAACGCUCGCAAUGCUAAAACAGCCGCUCUCUAUCCGGCCAGACCAUGUCGCCUCGCGCCCUACAUCCCUGGUAGUUAAACAACACACCAAGGCCUUGAAGGCCGGCGACUUCACGGUAUCCACCCGAUCCGAUCAUAGUUCCGAUUUGGAAACGCUGUUCACCGUGGACGGCGAGGUUGCGUCGUUAUCUCAGCGACGACAUGUCCGCGACGCCUCGGGUCUCCCUCUCUUCGAGAUCCGUCGCAAACGAAUGGGAGUGACGUGGUUCGUGCAUCUUCCGGGAGACAGCGACAGUGAAGAGGCGAAGCCCAUCGCCACCAUCGCGCCGAGAUUACACGCGCUGAAGGACAAGUUCGACGUGCAUUUCAAGAAUGCUAGCGGGAACGGAGAGGACGUGGUGCUUGAGGUCCGGGGACAGGAUAUCUGGAAGUACAAGACACAUGUCUACUACAAUGGGUCGUUGGUGAUGGUGGUGAAGUUAACCGAUAUGGUUUCUGUGUACUUGCCGAUUAAGCGACCGAAAUGGGAGCUGGAGGUUGCGGAGGGGUUUGAUUUGUCGUUGGCGGCUACUAUCGGAGUUAUCUUAGCGGCACUGCUGUAUCAGGUCCUGAUGCACUCGACAAGUGCUCCGAGCCCGAGCAGUGAGGAACCUGGUGAAGGAAGCCAUGGAAGGUAG